AGCCUGGCCCGCACACCAGGCCGCAUGGCUCGCUAUCACCGGCUCUACUCACGAUCAGAUAACCUCAAAACUCCAUGCAACACUCCAAUACAACCUGUAAAAAUAGAAUCAGUUUCCAUCUACGAAUUGCUGGAAAGCCAUCAAGUCGGGACGCGUAAACUUUGCUGUAAGGUUCGAGUGCACUGAAGUGUGUUGACAGUGCCAGUAAUAAGUAUAGUAGCACCGUUGAUUAUCGCAAAUGUCUGCAAUGUGUAAAAACCAUAACAAUAACAUCCCGGUUUUCAAAAUCACGUUAAUAUCAUCAUAAAUACUCAAUUAAUUCCGUAGGUUAUUGGUGAAGUUUUCAAAGUUAGUGCAACUUCGAAAAUGUCCCAGAUUGAUGUGUAACCCUGUAUCCGGGUUAUAAAUAGGAACUAUAACCCAGUUGGAGUGGCCAUGAAUCGCCUCGUUUUUCAGUUGAUUUAGUUUCCGUGUUCCACAUGGACGUCAUCAAACGAAGGGUUGGGAGCGCAGGCCACCAGUUGCGGCGUUGCACUGAUCAUGAAGACAGAUCUCAGGAGUUAAUGAGGCCUACGACUCCUGUUAACCCAAACUCUUUAUUUACAAUCUAAUUUCAGCGGCGAUGCACGAAAGCUGCUAAAAAUAACUGGGGUUCGCGCGCUCCCGUCUCGCCCGCGGCCGCUCCGCGUUUUCACUCACUACACUAUUUCUGUCUAUACGAAAGCAAUAUUUCUACAUGAAAAAGAUUAUUGGACAUAUUCUUUGUAGACAAUGAGAAAAGUGCGUAAAAAGAAGCCGAUAGUCGCGAAGCGGCUGUGACUAUAUGUGUUGAAAGUGAUCGUUUAAUAUUGUGUUCCCAGAAAUACAGUGCACUUUUCAGAAUGGCGCUGGUAAUGUUGCCUUGCGACCUCCCCUGGUGGACGUCAGUGCAGCGUCACCUCAAACACCUGCUGCUGGCGUCAUCCGCGUCUAAACUCACCGCCAGCAUGUUGAAAAUACACGACAUGUGCAACAUAGGGAUAGACCCAGACGACGACAUCAAAGACCCGGAUCUCAUGAAGGGGUUGGAGCAGUUCCUCGAGGAGGAGAUGGAUGAAGAAGAGAGGAGGAACUUCCUGGAUAACACCAUCCGCAUCAUGGUCAACCGCGCGCUGCACCUCAAAAGAUGGCGCCCGCCUAAAGGACUGAUGUUCAGCUUGCAGCAACAAAGUGACGUCACUGAGCUGGACUACAACUUCGUGUCCGCCUUGGUAGCUCACGCAUUCUUCUCCACCUUCCCCAAACGGACGCUCAAGACGCACCCUACUUUACAAGACUUCAAUUUUACGCAUUUUUUUAAGAAUUUACAUAGAAAAUCACAAAGGAAUAAAUUAAAAAGUUUGCUACAUUACUUCGAGUGGUUAGAUAAGAAUAACAAUGAAGGAUCAAUUAAAUUAAGCAGACAGGUGAUGACAGCAAAGCAAUGGUUGACUAUCGAAGACUGGUUGGAGUGUACCCUGCCGCUGUGCAAGUUGCUAGUGCGACAUGAGGGUCGGCCAGAGCGCUGUGAGAAUGAUGAUGCCAUUAGAGUGUGCUUUGCGUCUAGCAGGGUCGGCGGUGACACGCUUAUUGAUGGAGAAUCACAGGAAUCUCUAUCAAUGUUCAUGAUGCCGGAACUAUUGCCGGCGAUGCUGUCGGUCGAGAGUCUGGAAGACAACGAGGUGCUCAAGGUGGAAGGUGUGCGGACGUUCAGCCGGAUAUGCGACAAGAAGCAGAAGACGAAGAUAGAACUCCUCGAAGAACCUAAAACGGUGACAGUAUGUCUAAUGGACGCUGAAGACUACAGUGCGCUGCCACUCGGGCAGUGGGAGGAGGACAACGUACUGCGUGAGCUCAACAAGUGCUUGCUGGCCUUCCAGCAGACGCCGAUGAAGAGUCGAGACAACCCGAGACAUGAGCGGAGAUUGUCACCCAUAGGCGAAUCGUUCAGCCACACGCCCCCGGAGGUGGAAGCGACGGUGAUGAUCAAGCAGCAGUCCUCAUGCAGCACCAUCAACAGUUACGACAGCAGGAGUCCCUCACCACAGACGUACUGCGCCGCCACCCUCAACUUAAAUGACCCUAGUAUAGAGUUAUCCAAGCGAAAAUGCUGGCUAUCACCCGACGGCGCCACCCUCAACAAUCGUCGAGGAAGAUUCAUUGUGCUGGGGUCUUCUGGAGAAUGUCUCCCCGUCACGAGGAGUCCUGCCCACCCCAAUUUGGAGACGCAAGAGGACAGUCUGUACUCCAGCUGCAAUUCCAGUGACGACGAAUAUCAUAGUGCCAACGAUAGUUUUGAUUAUGGCAGCGAAGACGAAGGCCGAGGCGAGAGCGCUCGUCCGAAUUCAUUCCAGUAUUCCAAAGAUUUGUCAACCGAGGAGAGGAGGAUCAGUUUCGCGGACAGACUACGGGACGCCUUGCGGAGAGAGGCGGAGAACUCUUGUACCACCAGCUCCACUGACGACUGGUCUACUGACAGCUCCAGCUACGCUGUCGGCAUCAGCAUAUCCGGUGCUGAAGUCAACGAUAAUGAUAUUAGGGUAAAACGCGGUGGUUCCGUGGGUUUCGUGCUUACAGACAAGGAAACUGUAAGCAACGGUAAUCCCUCGCCGAGGCACCGGCCGCUGUGCAGGAGAGAGACAGGGAAUAGUUCUAAGUAUAGCUUCAGCACCGAAUAUACAUCAGAAUUAGAAGAAGUAUAUGAACAAUUUAACCAAUGGCUCAGCGACCCGAUAGUGGACACGGAGUCAGGAGAACACAAACCUCGAGAGCUGGACCCUCGAGACUUGGCUGUGAUAAGAUUUGCGGGUUCCCUCCUAAAGCGGACGUUGAGCGAGUCAAUGGCAAUGGGCACACACGCGGGGGCGGCGGGGGCGGCAGAGGCAGCCGAGCUGUAUGGCCGGGACUCCAGGGACCGCACGGGCCCGCGGCGGCUGGCUCUCGCAGCUCGAUCCUUGUCGCUAGAACUUGCUAGGCAAAGACAUAGACUUGCAGCACAAUUGAAACGUAAAGUAAGACAGUCUAUUCCGGAGGAGAUUAUUGAGAGCACGCGUCCGCGAAGCGUGGAGGAGACAGAUACAGAUUCAUGCUCGCGGUCUCUUAGCACUGAGACCGGCUCCACGCAAGUAUCGAACCCUCAAGUUAGGAAGAAGAAACUAAACUGGAUGAUUAACAUGAUAGUAGAGACUAUUGAAGAAUCUGUCGUAUGUGAUCCCGUCACUAUCAAACUAAAGACACCUAAGCUUAAUCAGUUAGCCCACAAGAUAGUGUCUGGCGGGUCGUGCCGGCCGGUGGCGAGCGGCAACUGGGGCUGCGGGCGUCGGCUGCGGGGGCAUCCGCAACUCAAACUGCUGCUGCAGUGGCUAGCUGCGAGCGUAGCUGACGUCCCCGCCCUCAUCUACUACACGUUUGGAAACGAGAAGCUUUAUAAGUUGGACACACUAGUUCGUGUGAUAGUGGACCGCAAGUGGACAGUGGGCCAACUGACGCGAGCAGUGCUCAAGUUUGCACGCCAAUUGCUGCACGAGCCCCACGUCAUACCAGACAACCACUCGCUCUUCGACGAACUCAUCGGCAUCGAGAAGAUCCCUGACGACAUGUAGCACAUAUAUUUUCGAUAAUUAUAACCCGUAAACAGUUGUAAAACUUUUUAAAACAACGGCACAUUAGGUAUCUUUUGAGCGAUGUUGAACAGAGGUAUUUAAUAGCAAUAGGUCCGCCUCUUAAUAUACCUACUGUUAGUUUGUAGUUUAUAAUGUAUAAACUAACAGUAGGUAUAAAAAGUUGAAAGGGAGUUGUAAUGAAACACUUCAUGUACCUAUCAACAUUCAUGCACAUAUGUGCCGAUUGUGGAAUAACUUCGAUAACAAACAUAUACAAUUUAGAACAAUACUCCCUCAGCAUAUUUACUAGGUAUCAAUAAAAAAAUAAAUUACUAUACCACACAUUAAUUAAAAAGGUAGUUUGUCCAAAGUAACUUUGCGGCAAAUAUUUUAAAGCUAAAUUAAUGGGAAAUACAUCAUAUAAAACAUCUGGAUAUACUAGACUUUUGUCAUGAAAAAAAAACUUUUUCAAUCACUUACCAUUUUUGUGCAUUUACAUAAUCAAUCAUUCAUAUCAAAAUAGUGAUUGAUAAUUAGUCAACCAUGUCCUAUUUAUACCUACUACAAUAGAUAUACUUGCUUUAUAUAGGUACUUAAUCGUUAUGUACGUUGGUCGCUGUUAUAUAAAAAUAUUCAUAACAUACAGGAAAGCAAUAUUAGAAUUCAAUCUUCGAUUAAAGUUAACUUUAGUAUUUUUUAUACAAUCUAAUUAAAAGUACAAGUUUAACCACAUAAGUAAUCGAAAGUCAUUAAAAUAUAGAUAUAAAACUUAAAUAUAAAACAGGUUUAUAAAAAAAUAUAUCGAACAUUUUUACAUGAGUUUAAAAUAAAAAAAUUGCAUAAAAGUGUAAAAACUGCCUAACUCUACAUGUCCCAGAAAAUCUGACCCGAAUUGCUAGUUUACACCAAUUACAAGUUAAAAGAGACUAAGUAUUAAAAUUAUGACAGCAACAAAUAGGUAUUUUUAGGGAUGUGUAGCCUGCUUUAGGUCAGUGCUAAUGUUAAGACUGUAUUUAUUAAGCACGUACAUAUAUAAAAAAUACUUUUUAAUUAUUUAUCAGCUACCAUACAUUUCUAUUCGAAAAUUUUUACUCUCAAUCCGUAGUAGUUUCGAAGCUUGAAGGGCUGACGUAUUUGUAAAUAUUGGCUAGUGUGUUCCACGGUUUUCUUUUGGUCACUUGCCUCUUGCAAAGAUACUGUACCACAAUGCAGACUUUAAUUUUCAAUUUAUUUAUAUGGUCGUCUGCGUCCGAAGUAAGUAUGCACGCAAAGUUUGCUAAGCACGGCUCAAUACCGCAGAAGUAUAUUUUAGAAUCUAUGCUAGAUAACUUAAAUUCGGUCGUAGAACUAAGAUGUCUUUAGGGCGGAAGCUCGCAAACAUUUCCGUGUUAUGCGCUGUGGUACAGUUUAUUAGCAAACAAAUGUACAACCGUUUAUAAAUAUAAUUUUAGAUUACAUAACUUCGACAGUUUCGGUUCGUCGGUGGCAUUGUACUCGUAUCAUCGAAAGCGGGUCAGAAUCCGACCGCGCUGUUGUCUUCCAUAGCAUGAAUCUCGACGUGUCCAAACAUUUGUUAAUUUGUGUAAUUAAAACGAUAAAGUACUCAACCAUGAGAUGCGAAAUUAAAUUAUUGCGUCAAAACUAUUGCGUUUUACUUGCA